UCGCUACCAUUUUGCAUUCGCAUUAACAUUCGCAAAUAAAUUUUUGGGCAAAUUUUGGUAAAAAGUGCUAAUUAAUAUUCAUAGUAUUCUUAUCACAGAACAACACCAACGAAGAGGCGUGGAAAACAAAAAUACGCAUACACGAAACGCAAACAAAUUUGGUAAUCAAUUAGAAGAGGCGCAUCGGGCCAGGUACUCUACAUAGCAGAUAAGCAGGAACAACAAAUGAUGAGCUACGAUGGAUUACUGUCACUGUCGCAGUUGACAGACGAGAAGUUAAACCUUAUACAAGGGCGCGAUCCUCCGUCAGCGGCCCCGACGGCUGAAAAAAGUGCAACAAACACGGAAAAUAAUCAUGCUGGUGCGAACAAAAAUUUAGGUACUCAGCCCGCUGCACCUACACUUGUCGAUGUCACAGUCGAAGAAGAAGAGCAAGCAGCAGCAAUACAAACGAUUCAGUUGCCUUUAGGCAGUGGCGAGAGCAACAAUGCUGAUUCAGGUAUGAAUUUGAGUACAACGACCGCAGCAGCUGCAACAACAUUAACACCACUUACCACAUCGGUAGACGUAUCGAACGCGGAAACGUCAGCAGCACAGCGAAAGGUUUCGGCCUCAUCCCGAUUGAUGAACGCAUUCCAGCUAUUAUAUUCGAGUGCAACUACUGCGAACCCAUCCACUGACACGGACGAAGCAGACAUUGGUGCGAGUUCAACAAACGGAAUGCCUGUUGGAAGUCGUACACCGCAUAAGGGUAUGGAAUCCAAACUUCUGUCAAUGUGGCAUAACGUCAAAUAUGGAUGGAGUGGAAAAAUUAAGCCAAAUUUUUCUAAAGAGCAGCCUGUUUGGCUUCUAGGCCGCUGCUAUCAUCGUAAAUAUACGCCACCAUCGUCCAUGGAGAGCUCAACAGAAUUGAGUACAACUGCUGGCGUUAUCACACCAAAUGUAACUAGCAGCGUAUGCGAAACUGCUGAACAAUAUGUGCCUGUUGAUAGCACCAUACUCGCUAGCAAUGUAUAUCCAACACUCAAUCCACAUGAAGUUGAUGAGAUAGUUGUGCCGCAGGAAUUAGGUAUGGAUGCAGUUGAAAAUCAAGUGGCUGAACAUCCAUGGGAGGAGGGUAUCGAGGGAUUCCGACGAGAUUUUUACAGUCGAAUUUGGAUGACUUACAGGCGGGAAUUCCCCACAAUGAAUGGCUCAAAUUACACAUCCGAUUGUGGUUGGGGAUGUAUGCUGCGUAGCGGGCAAAUGUUGUUGGCUCAAGGCCUCAUUUGUCAUUUCUUAGGCAGAAGUUGGCGUUAUGAUCCAGAAACACAAUUGCAUUCUACGUAUGAAGACAAUAUGCAUAAGAAAAUUAUAAAAUGGUUCGGUGAUAGCUCUUCUAAGAGCAGCCCCUUCUCUAUACAUGCGUUAGUUAGCUUGGGAGAAGAAAUGGGCAAACGGCCAGGUGAUUGGUAUGGUCCAGCAUCGGUUUCAUAUCUCUUAAAGCAAGCGCUAAAAACGGCGGCUCAAGAAAAUGUUGACUUCGAUAACAUAGCAAUUUAUGUAGCUAGGGAUUGUACAAUUUAUAUGCAAGACGUUGAAAAGGAGUGCCGCAUACCGGAACCCUCCCCAAAGAAACAUGUGCCGUGGCAACCAACACGUCGCACUGAAACGCCGAAAUCGCAGAAACAGCAAUGGAAAUCGUUAAUUUUAUUAAUUCCACUACGUUUGGGUACAGACAAGUUGAAUCCCGUCUAUGCGCAUUGCUUAAAACUGCUACUGAGUACGGAAUACUGCAUUGGUAUAAUCGGUGGCCGACCAAAACAUUCGCUAUAUUUCGUUGGAUACCAAGAAGACAAAAUGAUACACCUGGACCCCCAUUACUGUCAGGAGAUGGUUGACGUUAAUCAGGACAAUUUCUCCUUGCAAUCAUUUCAUUGCAAAUCACCGCGAAAAUUAAAAACAUCUAAAAUGGAUCCAAGUUGUUGCAUUGGCUUCUAUUGUCCCACAAAAACCGAUUUCGAUAACUUCAUGGAAAGUGUACAACUGUAUCUGCACCCAAUGCGUUGUGCCUCCGGAACAGUUCAACCUAUCAACUCGUCCAAUACCAGUGGGCAAAGCGAAGGUGCUCAAUGUGUUGAAAUAAACUACCCGCUCUUCACAUUCUCACGCGGACAAUGCCUAGAUGAAGAAUGGGACUCAAUCGAUGAGUCUCUUUAUAAACCAUUGCAACGGCAAGUUACACAAAUGAAGCAGGAACUCGAUUUACAAAGCAAUAGCGUUACUUAUGUUAGUGCACACGAUGACGAUGAUGAAGAAACUGAGGAAUUUGUGUUGCUUUAAAAGAAAAAUUUCGAAUACCUUCGUCCAAUGUGUAGAAGUGCAGAAUUCAUCUCAUUUUCAAUUACUUUCUUUAGAUUUAUAAAAUUUCUUUUUACGGGUUAUUUCCUAAUAUUUUAGAUGCCUCAUGUACAUGCACACAUACAUACAUAUUAGUAUUUUAUAAGUCAAGCGCCUGCAUUAUGUAAUUGUACAAAUAAGUUGUAACCAUAAUAAUUAUUUAAACUAACAUUUAUUAUUGUUUAUAAUACAAUAACUAAUUAUGUUUCUCUUACUCCCCUGGAUCCAUCCUAACAGCGUACCGUCGAAGUAUCUCAAAUUGAAAGACUUAAUUUUUUUCUCAUAUCUAAUUUAAUAUACACAGUUACAGUGUGACCUGUUUACGCAUUACAACUGGAAUUCAUUUGCUUUCAUUCAAAAUAUACAUAUUUGUUUCAUUCAUAUUCCAGAAAAAUACGAGGGGAGUGUGCGUAAAACAAAAACAAUUAACAAGUAGUUUGCCAAGCAAUGUUUAAUGAAAAAUUGUGUGAUCACUUCUGAGUUUGUGCUUGAGAUGAAAGUAUUGUGCAUUAUAAAUAAUUAAACGUUAGUGCAAGUUUGUGAUCCAAAUAUUUAUUGUAAUAUACUUUAUUGAUUUAGUGUAGUAAUAGCAGUUUCGUUAAACGCUGAAACUAAUUCCAUCUCUUAUUUUGGCUACAUAUUUCUCUAGCUGAAUGUGGAGCCAUAAAGAAUUCAACAUUUCGUUUUGCAACGUUACAAAUUUUUGAAAUAGUACUACAAAUAUACAUACAUACAUACAUAUAUGUUUAGACCAUAAUCACUAGUUGUUAAAUUUGUGGUGAAUUAAUAUUUCUGCGUAUAAAAAUCGCCUUUAUAGGUAUGAAAUGCAUUCUCUCAAAAUUAAAACCAUUGCAUUGUAAAGUGUUGUAUUUGUUUUUCAUUUAUGAAAAAAUUUAUUAUUAAAAAUAAUUACUAUUAUUAUUAUUAUUAUUAUUAGAUUAAAAGUACUGACAUAUACUUAUUAAUGUACAUAAUAAGC